GCACAGGGGCAAUGUAAUGGAAAAAUUGCGACGCAAGAGAUUAUUAUGUAUUUUAUUUGAUACCAGAGAUACUUUAUGAUCGAUUUCCGAAUAAGGUAGUUUUUAGUAUAAACGAUAUGUAGUUGUUUCUCAAAUGGAUUAUUUAUACUUUGUUAUAUCUAUUGCAACUCGCAAAAAAUUUAAACUAUCUCUUAUUAUCGCGCUAUCUUCAAGAUCUUAGCAGGUCUUAGUCAGUUGUGGUGCUGUUAUGAUAUUGUUGACAUUUUUGUAAAGUGAAAAAGUAGCGGUAUGUUUGUCAUUUGCAAGAACAAUGAAAUAUUUACUCUAUGAGUAAUGACCAAUGCUGCUUUGCCAAAGUGAAGAGCAACAGAGCAUUUCAUCCAUAUGACAUUUUGAAAAAUUUCAACAAAUAUAGAUAGUAUUUCUAAAAAUUGUGGAAAUGGAUAGCCUUUUCACACAAAAUAUCACAGAUGAACCAGAUGACAUACCACAGACAGAUGAACCAGUUUGGGUUCUUGGGAGAAAAUAUAAUGCCAUAAGAGGAUCUUAUAUUUCAGAACUCGACGCAAUUCGUAGCGAUAUAAGGUCUAAAUUAUGGUUCACCUAUCGUAAAGGUUUUCCAUCUAUCGGUGGCUACAAUUCUUCAUAUACAAGUGAUAGAGGCUGGGGUUGCAUGUUACGAUGUGGACAAAUGGUCCUUGGCCAAGCUUUAAUCACAUUAAACUUAGGUAGAGACUGGCAAUGGGAACCAGAGAAAAGCAAGGAUAGCACGUACCUGAAAAUUCUGGAGCGCUUUGAAGACAAAAGAACUGCCACAUACUCUAUUCAUCAAAUUGCAUUAACAGGAGAAUCUGAAGGAAAAGAAGUUGGACAGUGGUUUGGUCCCAAUACAAUAGCACAAGUAUUAAAAAAGUUAGUUGUGUAUGAUGAAUGGGACUCGAUUACAAUACACGUGGCUCUGGACAAUAUGAUAAUAAUUAAUGAUAUUUUAAAACAAUGUAGAAUAGAAGGAGGUACAACUGCAGAAGCAGAUGGUAAUAUACCACUGAAAGCACCUAACCAAUGGAAGCCUUUAUUACUUUUAAUACCUCUUCGUCUCGGAUUAAGCGAGAUUAAUCCUAUCUACAUUGAUGGGCUUAAAAAUUCAUUGAAGAUCCAACAAUCUUUAGGGAUAAUAGGAGGAAAACCCAAUUAUGCAUUGUAUAUCAUAGGAUAUGUUGGGAAUGAAAUAAUUUAUUUGGAUCCUCACACUACUCAAAGAUCAGGCAGUGUUGAAGACUCUGAGAUGGAUGCUACUUAUCAUUGCAAGUCUGCUAAUCGUAUUCCUAUCACAGGGAUAGAUCCUUCUGUAGCACUUUGUUUCUUAUGUCCAACCGAACACGAUUUUAAAUCAUUAUGUAAAUCCAUUCAAGAAGAAUUAAUCACGCCAGAAAAGCAACCUUUGCUUUACGUAUGUACAGAGAGAUUACCAAAUUGGUCACCAGUUAAAAAACCUCCAUUGGAAGCAAAAGCAGUGACAAGUUUUGUAGAUUUUGAACAUAUAGGUCUACAGUAUGAUACGUCUGAUGAAGACUUUGAACUGCUCGGUUGACAUUUAAUCGUCAAUUAAGAUCAGUCUGCGAUUUAAGAAAUAUGUAUAUAAUAACCUGGAUGGUCCGUUCAUACAUACACUACAAUAUUACUCAACUUUUCAUUGGAAAUACAUACUUGAAUUAUACUAGUGCUAUUCCAGUACUAGAAGUUGAAUAAUAAAAUUAUUUAUACCAAAUAAUUAAAAUAUUGUAUAUAUUACUUAUAUUUAAAUACUUUGGACUUGGGUGAUCUAUUCAUUGUUAAUACAUUAUACGAUUUUGGUACAAAACAAAACUGUUGUUCAUAAAGAAAUAUUCACUUCUGCAUAUAAUACAGUAUAUACU